UUAGCGACGUGAAAUACUUCUUUUCCGUGAGCAUGUUUGUCAUAAUGAAUUCGUAAACUAAGGAGAAAUAGUGCACGCGUCGUGACAAAAAGGAGAAUAAUUGCUUAUGGGUGUAAAUAGUUAUACUUGUAGUACAGGUAACAACAAACUUCUUCAACAAAAUGCAUCAGACGAUAAUUAGUAUCCUCACGUGCUGUUUGUGUGUUUGUACCGUCACUAUUUCUACAUCAACUUCAUCGACGAAUGCUUCUCCUAGUACACCAUUGACAUUGGCUUCAACUUCACUUGAGACAUUAUCUCAUAUUGGCUCUGGACUACCAACGAGUACUACUCAAUCAGUUAUUGGUUCUAUUACGCCUACAAAUACAUCGCCAUCAACAUCGACCGCGGAUCACACGUCUGAAGCGGAGACCGUCUUUAUGUCCAAAGAGGUAACUACGUCCGAUGUUCUAACUCCAACAAUAAUUCACACACCGACAACGACCCAGCUUUCGACUGGCACUGCAGAAAUCACAACUGUCAAAAUUACAACGAAUACUGAAACGAGCGUUAAUCCCACGAUUAAUUUAGAAACAACCACAAGUCUUACAACUAAUAUAGAAGCGGCCGUGAGUCCUACGGUUAUUUCAGAAGCGACCACUACAGAAACGCCCGUAACAUUUACGAUCCAUUUAGAAACGACAACAAGUCUCACGACCAAAACCAACACGAUCGCUACUAAUACGAUCAAUUCAGAAACAACAAUUCCAGAUACGGAAACGGUACCUACGGCUAACACAGGAACGUCAGAAAGGCAUACAACCUAUUUAGAUACUACUAAUCGAACUACAAAUAAUACAGAAUCAACCACAAUUUCAACGAUUUAUUCGAAUUAUAAUCAAACCACUACAAGUCCUCCUACAACCAGCAUAGAAACGACCAUUACUCUUACGAUAAAUUCAGAAACAACCACAGGUCCUACGACCGAAGCAAUCAUGGAUAAUAUGACAAUUCCGUAUACCACCACGGUACCAACGGUAAUCACAGGAACGACAGAAAUUCAAACGACCAAUGCAGAAACGACCACUGUAACUACGACUAAUACAGACACACCCAUACUUUUUACAUCUAAUACCACUUUUAUUAUAACGACAACAAGUCCAACCACCAAUGCAGAAACGACCGUACCUCCUACGAUCCAUUUAGAUACGACAAGUCUCACGACUAAUACAUACACGAGCGCUACUCAUACGAUCAAUUCAGAAGCAACCGCAAAUUAUACGAAUAAUACAGAAACGAGCACAAUUACUUUUACAUAUCCAAUUACGACCAUGGACCCUUCGGCUAACAAUGAAACGACCACAAAUAAUACAACCAAUACAGAUUCAACCAAUGGAACAACGACAUAUUCAGAAACAACAACUACUACUUAUGCCGAAACAGAAACGACCGCAAGCUCAACGAUUUACACAGAGACAAUAACAACUGAAGACCGUCCAACAUCGGCUCAACAAGGGACAACACCGACAACAAGUGUGUCGCCAAGUGUAACACUAACGUCGUUUGGACCAUUAAGUACAACUGCAAAAUUAGAAUGUUUAAAUAUAAUAGAACUGGUAAAUGGAAACGUAACUAUCUCGGCUGAUGGCAUACUAGCAAAUUACACGUGUCACGAUGGAUAUAGGUUGAACGGCAGCGCAAUACGCACUUGUGUUAACGGUACAUGGAGUGGAUAUGAUCCUAGCUGUUUGAAAAAUUGUAUAAUCCCAUUAACCCUUGCAAAUGGCAACGUAAGUUUCUCCGCUUCAAAUACUAUUGCCAUUUUCACGUGUUUACCGGGAUUCUGUUUAAAUGGAAGCAGCCAGGUGACAUGCGGCGAUGGCAACUGGAGCACAGAAAUACCAACUUGCCAAAGAAAAGAUUGUGGAAAUCUCACUGCCCCAGUUAACGGAAGUUUGAUUCAAAAUGGGUCGUUAUAUGAAUCGGUCGUCAAUUAUACUUGCAAUAACGGAUACUACAUAGUUGGCACACGGACACGGACAUGCCUUGACUCUGGAAGAUGGAGUGGUCAGACACCAAGUUGUGCAAGAGUUGCAUAAUUGACGUGUACGUGCAAAAAUGACACGGAUAUUUGGGGCAUUGCUUGGUACGAAUCCCUGUGUGGUCAAACUCAGUGGUCACAGUGUCCAAAAGGAAGUUUCGGGAAUUACACCAGACAAUGUGACAGCAAAGGUGUUUGGGUUAAAUUAAAGAACACCUGUAUACGGGAGGCGAUUAGUAACAUUGCAAACACGCUGAAUGCACUGAACGGUACAAAUGUGAACGCAAGUACCAUUGUCAACGUGUUAAAUACAAUGACAGCAGCGACAACUGUAAAUACCACAACAUCUGAAAAACUUACAGGAGGAGAAGUUUCAAAAUUAGCCGACUCGUUAUCAAAAGUUUCAGACAUCUUGAAAUCUAGUUCCGGAACGGUUAACAUAACAACAAGCAUGACCAAAGAUUUUCUAACAUCAACGAGCAACCUGUUGGAGGAAAAAGAUACAUGGAAAACAGUGAAAGACUCGGGUACAAAUGAUGGCGGCAACAUUUUGAAAGCAGUGGACACAUUGACGGACGUACUGAGAAAAAGCUUUGAAGCCGAUUCUACAAUAAAUAAGACCUUUUCAACCACAAAUAUUGCAAUCGAAUUACUUAAUAUGACAGGUAAUGAAGCAAUUAAAUUUCCCGGUGGAGAGUUCGCAGAUACACUGGCUUGGGGUGCCGAAAGUACGAAAACUGCAAUAACCUUUCAACCGGAUAGUCUUAAUGCUUCAUUUGCAACUGGGGUCCUUUAUCGAAACAUGUCCGACAUUUUGUCGACUCACUCUUCAAAUGACUCAAUCUACACUGAAAUCCGUGGACAGGUUGUGGCAUUUUCGGUAUCUGAGACAAGUGUUAACUUGACGAAAAAUAUUACCGUACAGAUUGAACAUUUUUCGCCAUCAUUUACAAACCCGCAAUGUAGUUUUUGGGACGAACAAGCAAGUGGCAAUGGACAAUGGUCAACAUCGGGAUGCUUCUUUGUUAAUUCGACGGCCAUCCUCACAACAUGCGAAUGUAACCACUUAACCAACUUUGCAGUUUUAAUGAGCCCAUUUGUAGAGGUUGACAAUGAUCUUCCGUUACGACUGGUUUCCAUCAUUGGCAUAAGUGUCUCAAUUUUUGGCCUACUACUGACGGUGUUACUUCAUGCGUGUCUUUGGAGACAGGUGAAAAACAACAGGUCGUCCCUCCUAAUAAAUUUGUGUGUGGCCUUACUGUGUGCAUAUAUUGUGUUUCUUUCUGGCGUAGAUAGAACGGAAAGUAAGGCUUUCUGUGCUGCUGUCGCUGCUUUACUCCACUACAUAAACUUGGUGGUAUUUUGUCUGAUGCUGGUGGAAGGAAUAGAAAUAGUGAUCACUGUUGUCUAUGUCUUUGCCACCAAGCCAAGGGCUAGACCAAUGAUUAUUCUGGCAUGGGCAAUUCCGGCCGUAAUAGUGGGAAUUAGUUUGGGAGUCACGAAGACAAAGGGGUACGGAAACGAAAACUUUUGUUGGUUGUCUAUAAAAGAUGGCUUGAUUUGGGCUUUUGUUGGGCCAACUCUACUUAUCAUUCUGCUGAAUGUUGGAACCUUGGUCAUUGUGUUGAGAAAACUGUUUACAAUGAAAGCCAUGGAAAAUAAGAACUUCAAAGACAAGAUCCUCACCAGUGUGCGGUCCCUGUGUGUGCUAGUACCAUUGAUGGGCGUGUCCUGGAUACUCGGUAUCUUUUACGUCAACGAAGACCUCACCGUCAUGCAAUACGUUUUUGCCGUUUGUAAUGGCUUACAGGGCUUCUGUAUUUUCCUGAUCCACUGCGUCUUUAACCCAAAGAUGAGAGUGGCUUUAUGCAUCCGGUAUCGUCGAUUUAAAUCCGAAGCCGACACAAAAGAUUCCAGACAUAAACGAUCCAAUGCCACGAGUAACAGUACCUCUGACUGGAGGAAUUUGAUUCUUGAUGAAACCUUGUCAUAUGAAGCAAUUAAUUCAUCUACCGAGAUUGGAAAGAUUAAGCGGCCUAAUGUGGAUUAUAAGCAUGGGUCCAGUAAAGACAAUGGUUACUAUGAUGACAAUGCGGUCGGCUACACAUCGUUGGGUACGAGCAAUUCUGGAUACACAGCGUAUACGGGCUACAAUAGACACGAUAAACAUGUUUCGGACAAAACAAAGGCCGGAAACGGCGACUAUAGAAAGUACACUUCAACAGAACUUUAGAACUGUUCGCAUUCAUCACAUAUAUUGUCUUUGGUUUCUAAUGAGUCAACACGUGUCAAUGAUUAUAAAUCGAAUAUUGGUUGUUUUGUGUUGGACGAAUGUUGUUAUGAUAGGUUGAAAACACUUUGAUUAAGACAAAAUAUAUAAAGAAGAGUGUAUGAAGUUUUAUGCUUUUAAGUUGUAACAUCAUUUUUGUUAUUAGUAAUGAUAUGGAUGAAAUUAUAUCUUAACGUGUUUGGUUUCUAUCUUUAUUACGAGUUUGCCUUGUUAAUUAUAAGCUGUGUUCUGUACCACAUUGUUUCCUUCACAUGUUAAUUUGUGUGUUUAAAUUAUGAAAAAUACAGAAGUUAUUAUUUAGUUGCACACUUUGUACAUACUAUCAUUAAUUUUGCACCUAAAACGACCCUAAAAUGAAAGAAUACAAAAAGUCUUUGCUCUAUCGCCUUCUUUAUUUUUAAACAUUUUGGUAUGACUGUUAGUAUAAACAUUGCUUUCAUAUAUAAAAAUAGAAUGACAACUUUAAUUGAGUGUUUAUUUGUUUCCAUUAGAAUUGCAGCUAAAUGUCAUCAAUAUCACAACAUUAACAGUUCACAUUUAAGGACUAUCUAAAAUGUUUUUAGGUUUAUUUUUAUAUUAGUUCAUUUAGACCUGUUUCUGUUAACAAUGUUUAAAACGUCCAAACAUGUACAUACAUAGUUGUAUUCAACUGAUUUAAAAAUACAUUAACAUUGUUGCUGUGCUUUGCACCGGCUAGUGAUGACGGCUAAAAAUUCUUAUUUUCUCGUUAAAGAUGGCAACACAAACUAGGCUAUUGCUUAUUAAACCUACGCAAUGUUGUAACACACAUUGCCUCAGUGCUAUUUUUUAACAUUGAGAUUGUUUUGCUUCAUUAUGUUGUAUUAAAAGAAUCGUUCAUGAUAAUUAAAGUCUACACUUAAUGCAUGUAAUAUAUUCUAUUUCAUUAAUACAUAACAUAUUACAUAACAUGACAUAGCUAGCCUCCAAACCGGUUUAAAUCAAAAUGCUUUGAAUUAGCCGUUCCAUGUCUGUGAUCUUUGUUGUGUAGUUUUUUUUGUAGUUAAAUUGUAUUCAGAAUUGAAUUUUAAGUAUGUAUACACCUUUCUAUGACCCAUAGAACGAGUGCAUUAUUUAUUAUUUGAAAUAUACAUGGCUAUAAUAAAAGUUGAAUUAAUA